CGGCCCUCUUCAUUGUGCCCCCCCCCCCUUCCUCUGUUCCUCACCUUCAACUGUAAUAACCCUGGAAUUUUAAACGCGCGGCUGGGGAUAUUUCUUGUUCGCCUCCAUUUUUGAUUCUCCAAAACCUGGCGUGAGAUAGACCAAUCGAACCCUAGCCUCCGAUCUCCUUCUCGCUGCUGUUGGCGGAGACUGUGGUAAGCCGGAAUCCUUUCCCUCCGUCGUUUUCUUCCCCUGUUUCUUCUCUGUGAUACGUUGCUGUGCGGGUUGCUGCCACUGUCAUCAGUCUUCUCCGUCCUCCCCUGUAUUGCACGUCUCUGGUCGGCUUUCAUCAUCAUCUUCCUGGGUCGCGCAACAACAUCUCCUUCUCUUAGAUUUGGCCAUCGUUGAUCACUGAAAAUGCUUGUAGAUAGCACGAGUGCCAUUCUAGCAUUAUGGGGCUUGGAAAAUGAUGUGUUUCUGAAGAUCACUAAACUGCUGUGAGGGUACUCCGACCUGCAAAACAACCUGAUUUGAACCUUUGGUAGGAUAAAACUGGAACUCAAGUUUGCCAUGGUUGUGAGUUUCAACUUCGUUUGAAACUUAUAGAUGUAAAUACUGCUUUGAUCAAUGGACCCAUAUGACAAUACUCCCCCAGAUGAAGAAUCCCUUUCUCUCUCCACCUUGGCUUCCAUGAGAUCCCUCAUCAUCAACCCUUCAACUCCACAAUCAACCAUAUCUUCCAUUUUUCAAAAGCUUAUUCGCUCACUUGAACUUAGUCAUGACAAAGUCCUUCUUCAUUACUCUCUCAACCUCCUAACCCAUCUUGCCUUGCACCACACUUACUUUUCUCAUUUCAUUUUUCAAUCUGUCUGUUCUCACUAUCUUCUCUCUUCCCAAUCCACCCGCCUUGCUGUUGACUCACUACAAGUACUGGCUUCCAUCACAGCAUGUUUUCCAGCGCUGAGCUUGAAUAUGAAUAAGCUUGAUGAUGGGUUUUAUGUUUCUCUCUGUUUUGGCCCCUCUGUGUCUGCACGUUUAUGGUUGCUGAACAAUGCAGGGCGCUUUCAAAUUCAGCCAUCUUUACUGUUUACUGUGUUGCUAGGGUUCACAAAGGAUCCAUAUCCUUAUGUGAGAAAGGCUUCUCUAGAUGGACUUGUUGAUUUAAGUAAUCAUGGCAUCUUUGAAGACUCUAGUUUAGUGGAUGGGUGUUAUCGUCGUGCUGUUCAACUUCUGGGUGACAUGGAAGAUUGUGUGAGAUCAUCUGCGAUUCGUGUUGUUGCUUCAUGGGGGCUAAUGUUAGUGGCUUCUAAUUCUGACAUGAAAAGCUACUGGUCCAAUGAAGUAUUUGCCAAGCUCUGUUCGAUGGCAAGAGAUAUGAGCAUGGAGGUCAGGGUUGAAGCUUUUAAUGCCCUUGGAAAGAUUGAAAUAGUAUCUGAGGAUUUUCUUUUGCAAACUUUAUCAAAGCGAGUCUUGGAGGUUGGAAAGAAAAAAGAAGUUGUUGGCCAGAAAACAACUGAACAAUUUAAAAUGCUGGCAGCUAGUGUUGCUGGUGCUCUAGUGCAUGGACUUGAAGAUGAGUUCUUUGAGGUGCGGAAGUCUGCUUGCCAGUCCUUACAAAGACUUGCAGUCCGCUCUAUUGAGUUUGCUCAUGAAGCUUUGAACAUUUUGAUGGACGUGUUGAAUGAUGAUUCAGUGGUUGUUCGAUUACAAGCUCUAAAAACUAUGUAUUAUAUGGCAAUUAGUGGCUGUCUGAAGGUUCAGGAAAAACAUUUGCACAUGUUUCUUGGUGUUCUAGCUGACAAAAGCAGGGAAGUGAGAUAUGCAGCAAGGAAAAUAGUUAAACAAGUGAAGCUGAAUAGUCUCUUGUUGUUUAAAUCAACUAUCGAUGGUCUUCUAAAUAGUUUGAAUAUUGACCCACAGGACGAAGCUGAUGUAUUUUCAGCAGUUUCUCAUAUUGGCCGAAAUCACGUGAAGUUUGUAGCCAUUUUCUCCAAGGAAGUUUUAGAAGAGGUAGAAGCAGCUUUUGAAGGCAACCCAGAAUUCAGUAGUGCGAGAGUGGCUGCACUUUUAAUCCUUUGUAUCUCUACCUCACUGUUACAUGACGUAGGCACCAUACCUCCAGUUUUGUUUUCUUAUGCCGUUACAUUCCUGGGGAGGAUUUAUUCUGCUUUUAUUGAUGUUAUGGAUAGGGAUGCCGUUUUGGCCUGCCUAUCUGAUAAAAGUAGAUCCAUGGGUUGUUUUGCCUCAAAUAUUAACCAUGAUGAAGGGGAGCAACUAUCAUCCUUAAUUCAAGGUGAUCAUUGUGCCAGCAAGGAUGUGAUAAGUGUUGAGACAUCACAGAAAGGAGAUGUGGAGUCUGAAAUUCAGUCCCCUUUUUGGAGGGAGCCAAAAGAUAUACUCAAUACUCUAGUAGAACAACGCCUAGUGCAUGACGAAGUCAUAAAGUUUACAAAUCAUAUUCUUUGGAAGGUCCCAGAUAUCUGGUCUCUGAUACAAUCUGGCUUUACAAGUGAAGUGCUCAAGAUCCUGAGGAGCUGGAAGGAGGAUCUGGCAACUAUGAAAUUUGAUCCUGCGGGAUCCGGUGAUGCUUUGGCAUUUAUCAUGCAAUAUCUUCGAAUAAUAAAGUGCCUUGGAAAAAUUUGGGAACAUUUCCCCCAAGAGAAACUUGGAUGUUCUCGUGCAAUGGGGGAAUUAGACUAUAAACUGGCAAAGCUUGAUAGGAGGAUUAAAGAAUUCAGGAGUCAGUUCAUAGGGUUUUCUCCACAAGAGGAGUUGAAUGUCUUGGAGCUAAUGCUAGUGACUUGCGUCCUUAGGUUGUGUAAAGUUGACAUCUGUUGUCACACUCUUUCAUUAAAGAGGUUGACUGCAAUACUUUCACAUCUAGAAUCUCUCCUUAAAGAAAGCUCUGUCGUGCCAUCCACAUUUGUGGUUGAACUCAGGAAAUUGUUAUCUGAAGGCACCUCCAUAAGUGAAGCCUCCCAGAGUCCACUUGAGUUUUGCAAAUGUCUCAAAUUCUUCUCCCUGAAGCAGUUCGUAUGUUGUGGGACAAUUAGACUUGCACGAGCAGAGCUAAGUAUUUUGAAUAGUGACUCUGAACACCCACUUCCUUUUGUUUCGGGACUACCAGUUGGAGUUGAGUGUGACAUCGCUCUCCACAAUAUCACCAGUGAUAAAAGGUUGUGGCUGAGCAUGACCAUGAAUGAUGAUGGUUCGCCACAGUAUGUUUUUCUAGAUUGGAAGCUUUUUGAAGGUUCUGCAGAGGUGAGGGUUAAUUCUGCAUUUGUUGCUCCAUUUUAUGGAACCCCAAAGGCUAGUUCUUUCAGGUUGAGGGUCAGUAUAGGUUUGGAAUGUUCAUUUGAGGAUGCUGUUCCAAGGAAGACUCAUGGAGGGCCAAGACAUGAACUUACGUUUAUUUGUCCCGAAAAAGUUGUUCAUCUUUCUAAUGUACUAAAGACUAAAUCACACUCCCUCCGAUAAAACAUUAAAGUAUACGCGUGAUUUUGGUUGGGAUUGAGAUGCCAAUAGCUCCCUAGGCCCUGUCCUUCAAUGAAACAAGGUUCAAGUUGAAACUGUUGCGCCAGAAAUUCCAAAUUCUAAUGUCAAGAGCUCUAAAAUUGUGUUCUUUACCAA